GGAAAACAUAAACAUCUACUAAUAGAAAAGAAACAAAGUUUAAUUUGCUCAUGGAUCAGUGAAGUCCAAAACCGUGCAUUCAUUUUGGGUGGACUCUGCCCUUUCUCGGCAUUUAAGACUCGGGAGUGAGGGCCGGCAGAGCUUAGAGAGGAAGACAACCCUUGCAAUUUGUAUCUACUCCUGGUUUACUGACUGCUGCCCCAGCAAUAAACAACCCAGAAGCUGAAUACAUCAAUAAAUAAGGCUAUUUUAAGAGGUGACAUGAACCUUGAAGAGUAUUUUGCGAGAACUGGCUAUAAAGGUUCCCUUGAAAAACAAGACUUGGAAACCUUAACUGAUAUAUUCCAGCAUCACAUCCGUGCUGUUCCCUUCGAAAACCUCAGCAUCCACUGCGGGGAGAAAGUUACUUUGGAGUUGGAGCACGUUUAUAACAAAAUCGUGCGGAGGAAGCGGGGUGGCUGGUGCAUGGAAAACAACCAGCUGUUGGGCUGGGUCCUGAAAUGCCUCGGGUACGACGCCAGCUUUCUGGGAGCGUAUGUAUUCAAUCCACAUCAAAACGCAUAUGCCAGCAUCAUGACCCAUCUCCUUGUAAAGGUCGUUAUCGAUGGCAAAGCCUAUAUUGUUGACGGAGGCUUUGGUGUAUCCUAUCAGAUGUGGCAACCGAUGGAGCUUAUGUCGGGGAAAGACCAGCCCCAGGCUCCUGGUGUCUUUCGCUUCACGGAAAAAAACGCCAUCUGGUAUCUUGAGAAAAUGAGACGGAAACAAUACAUCCCCAAUCAAAAUUUCUCUAAUUCUGAUCUUCUGGAGAAAAAAGAGUGUCGGAAAGUUUAUAUGUUCAGCCUUGAGCCACGGACAGUGGAAGACUUCCGUUUCCAGUGCACGUACCUUCAGACGUCUCCAGAUUCCCUCUUUACAAAGAAGUCCAUCUGCACCCUCCAGACCACCGAUGGCUUUCGAGCACUAAUUGGGUGGACACUCACUGAGACCACAUACAACUACAAGGAAAAUAUGGAUCUGGUGGAAUUUGUAACUCUUGAAGAUGAAGAGGUGGAAAAAACACUCAAAGAAAAAUUCAACAUAACCCUAGAUAAAAAACUUGUCCCAAUUAAUGUCAAAGGAGUUUACACAAUCUAGAUGACCAGAAAAAUUGACAAUAAUGCUAUGUAUGUACAGUACCUUCCACUGUCUGUGCAAUCACUACUGUAAGAUUAUGGGAUUCUUUUGCAGGUGAUUGAAGGAAAAAUACAUUAAUACCAGAUUAAAGUGAAUUUCACUCUGGGGAAAAAUCAGGAAUUUAAGACUCUUCUGUCAGGUAGAUAGAAUUAUUUGCUGUGAGAUGACUGCAGUUCGAUUUUUGGCACAAACGUAGGAUCUGAUUUGAAUCUGGUUAUAAACUUGGGUAAUAAAUAUGUCUGGAGAAUUUUGGAGUGCCUAUAGCACAUAAACAGGAGUAUGGAUUAUUAAUUGUGAUAUGCUGCCAACACAUUUUCUAUGGUUAUUAUAGGGAGAAAAGUAAUCUGUGAGCCUUUAGACAAUGAAGUACACAUUUAAAACUUAAUUUUACACAAGAGCUAACCACUGGCAGCUCAUCUCAUUUCUCUACCUUUAAUAUAAGUAAAACAAUGUCAUCUUUGAAAGGAGCAUUAGGAGACAUAAUUCUUUCACCGUCAUCCUUAGACAAAACAUAGUACAAACUGAAAACAGUCAUCAUGUGCAUCCCUUUUUCCAUUGCUGCACUAAACUGCCCAAAGUAAUUUUUGGUAUGCACAUACUUGCUGGCGAUGCAAAUUGAAUAUAUUGCAGCACUACUGUGGCUGAUGGGCUCUAAGGAGAUACCUACAAGCUUUGCUUCUGGUAAGUAAUCAGCCUAUAAAGGGCAAAUGGUGUUUAAACAUCACAACUGGCUUAGAUUUACUUCUAUCCCAAAAGGGGUGGAAAUUUUGUAUUUUUAGCAUUG